ACACGCGUCGUUUGCCAUUGGAUAACGACUACCCAAAACUUAACACCGUUGGGAAUCGGUCAGUUUCAGUUGGGCACGGUAACCUCACCUGUUCCAGAAUCUCCACCAAGAUUCAACUCCUGCUGGAUUUUCUAAACGUGGCAACUCCCUAUUUGUUGGAUCUGCGGUCUCUGAUUCCGAUGCGUGCAGAGCGAUAAUCCAAGGGACCCAGAUAGAUAGAUAUUAUAUUGCUAUUUGUUUCGGUAAUGGGAACGAAGGAAAAGGAAAUUCUGGGUCAAGCUCACAUAAACACAAUCACAUCCCAUAAUUUGAUUAUCUCUGAUUCUAAAGUUGAACUUUGUUACGAUUCCCUCAUAGUAUUGAAGCACCAUGGCCAUAAAGACAAAUGGGUUUGUCAAAGAUUGUCUUCCUGAGGAACUAAAGAAAGUGCUUCGAUCAGUGGCUGCCAGCUGGGGCGACGUGAUCGAUGAUAUGGGGGCCUUGCGUGUGAUCCGAUUAAGCGGUGCAAUGACUAAUGAGGUUUACCAGAUAAACUGGCCUACAAAGAACGGUGAGAUUGUCAGAAAGGUCUUGGUUCGUGUUUAUGGUGAAGGCGUGGAAGUUUUCUUUAACAGGGACGAUGAGAUUAGGACGUUUGAGUGCGUGUCAAAGCACGGGCAGGGUCCACGCCUUCUCGGGCGGUUCCCAGAUGGGCGGGUCGAGGAGUUCAUUCAUGCUAGAACAUUAUCAGCUGCUGACCUCCGAAAUCCUGAAAUUUCUGCCCUCAUAGCAGCUAAGAUGAGAGAGUUCCACAAUCUUGAUAUGCCUGGUCCAAAGAAUGUACUCCUCUGGAACAGAAUGAGAAACUGGCUUUGCGAGGCCAAAAGUUUGUGUUCCCCACAAGACAGAAAGGAAUUUUGCUUGGAUACUCUAGAGGAGGAAAUUAGUAUGCUACAGAAAGAGUUGUCACAUGAUCAUCUAGAUGUUGGAUUUUGUCACAAUGACCUGCAAUAUGGUAACAUAAUGAUGGAUGAAGAGACAAGAUCAAUCACUAUCAUUGAUUACGAGUAUGCAAGUUACAACCCCGUUGCUUAUGACUUUGCAAACCAUUUCUGUGAAAUGGCAGCAGAUUACCAUUCUGAGACACCUCAUGUUUUAGACUAUGGUAAAUAUCCAGGUCUGGAGGAGCGCCAAAGAUUCGUCCGCAUGUAUUUGAGUUCAACAGGCGAUGCACCCACUGAGGAACAAGUGGAGCAGGUAGUCCAGGAUGUGGAGAAAUACACUCUUGCAAACCAUCUCUUUUGGGGCAUAUGGGGAAUUAUUUCAGAUUAUGUGAACAAGAUUGAUUUCGACUACAUGGAGUAUGCAAGACAGAGAUUUCAUCAGUACCGGCUGAGGAAACCGGCAUUGUUGGGUCCUUCAUUUUGAAUGGUUCUGUAACAUAUUCCACAUGAUAGUGAUGAACUCAUCUGAAUAAUUCAUGUUUAUCUAGAUUUAGUUUUGUGAGAAUCUAAACGUGUAAUAACCGGCUUUUAGAAGGAGGUGGUGUUGGAUGAUCCUCUUGUAACAUUAUAAUAACUUGGUAGAAAAGGUGCAUGGUGCUGGAUCCACUUUUCCCAA